CCAAAGAUUAAAGGGCUGCAUUUGAACACCACACGCCCCCAAAAUAUAUGAACCCCAUAAUUCUGUCUUCUUGAUAAUUUCGGAAUUCUGGGUUUUAGGAUUCCAUUUUUGUUUAUUAUAAUUUUAUUUUCGAUUUUCUGAUCGGAAUUGCUGGCUAUGGCUGUUUCGAGCACGUUUGCAGGAGCUAAGAUGGAGACUUUGCUGGUCAGCAACACGACGUCGUCUUCAAUGUCGAUGUCGCCCUCGACUUCUCCGACGACGAUUGGGCUGCUCUACAAGACGGCUGUGGCUCCGCCAAAGCGAUGUCAUUUGAUUAAGAAUCAGAGGAGUAAUUCGAGGAUCAUCAGCUGUGACGUUGCUUCAGAUGCUUUUGCUCAGACCGUCGGCGACAAAGUGGAUUCCACAAAUGCGGCUUCGGCUUCCAGUCUCUCGGCUCUCGAACAGCUCAAAACCUCAGCUGCUGACAGAUAUACAAAAGAAAGGAGCAGCAUCGUUGUGAUUGGACUCAGUAUCCAUACUACACCAGUUGAAAUGCGGGAGAAACUUGCUAUUCCUGAAGCGGAGUGGCCAAGAGCUAUUGGGGAACUAUGUGGUCUGAAUCAUAUUGAAGAAGCAGCUGUUCUUAGCACCUGUAACCGAAUGGAAAUCUACGUUGUAGCUCUUUCUCGCCAUCGUGGCAUUAAAGAAGUCACCGAAUGGAUGUCAAAGACUAGUGGACUCCCUGUUUCAGAGAUUUGUCAGCACAGGUUCUUGCUGUAUGACAAAGAUGCAACACAGCACCUUUUUGAAGUAUCAGCUGGACUAGAUUCCUUAGUAUUGGGGGAAGGCCAAAUCCUUGCUCAAGUGAAACAAGUUGUCAAAGUUGGGCAAGGGGUUGUGGGAUUUGGGAGGAACAUAAGUGGCCUCUUUAAGCACGCAAUCACUGUUGGAAAGAGGGUUAGAACUGAAACGAACAUUGCAGCCGGGGCAGUUUCUGUAAGUUCAGCUGCAGUAGAAUUGGCUUUGAUGAAGCUUCCCGAAUCCUCCCAUGCCACUGCGAGGAUGUUAGUGAUUGGUGCUGGAAAGAUGGGGAAGCUUGUGAUCAAACACUUGGUGGCCAAAGGGUGCACAAAAAUGGUGGUCGUAAAUAGAAGUGAAGAACGAGUUGCUGCCAUUCGUGAGGAGAUUAAGGAUGUUGAAAUAAUCUACAAACCGCUGGAAGAAAUGUUAAACUGUGCAGCUGAAGCAGAUGUAGUUUUUACCAGCACUGCAUCAGAAACUCCAUUGUUUUUGAAGGAGCAUGUGACAGAGCUACAACCUGUUUGUGAUUCCGUUGGGGGAUUGAGGCUUUUUGUUGAUAUCUCUGUUCCAAGGAAUGUGGGCUCGUGUGUUAAUGACCUUGAGACUGCACGAGCGUACAAUGUCGAUGAUCUUAAGGAGGUCGUGGCUGCUAAUAAAGAGGAUCGACUCAGGAAGGCAAUGGAAGCUCAGGCAAUUAUUGGCGAGGAAUCAAAACAAUUUGAAGCCUGGCGGGAUUCACUAGAGACUGUUCCAACUAUCAAGAAACUGAGGGCAUAUGCUGAGAGAAUAAGAACAGCAGAGCUCGAAAAAUGCUUGUCUAAAAUGGGCGACGACAUUCCGAAGAAGAUGAGGAAGGCGGUCGAUGAUCUUAGUCGAGGGAUUGUAAACAAGAUCCUUCAUGGUCCGAUGCAGCAUCUAAGAUGUGAUGGGAGUGAUAGUCGGACAUUGAACGAGACACUUGAGAAUAUGCAUGCACUUAACAGAAUGUUCAGUCUGGAGACAGAGAUUUCUGUGUUGGAACAGAAGAUUCGGUCUAAGGUAGAACAAAAUCAGAAGUAAGCUCUAUAUCAUCUUCUACUAUAAUUGUUCUUUCAGUGCUAAAAUUGCACAAUUUUUCACUAAUAUUAAUGGGACUAGAAUUUCUUAUUUGUUGGAAAAUUCUGGAAAUCUCUAAUUGGUGAUUUGUCUUCACUUUGUCAGUAUCAUUCCAUCAUUGUAUAAUGUAAUUAAGGUAUUAAGAUGUGAGUUUGGUCCAUGUACCGGAUGGUUUGUUGCAGGUGUCUGUAACUGAUUAAUCUGAAAAUAAAUACUUUCUUGAUUCUGUAAAUGUAUUGUUAUUUUCUCUUCCCAUAUUAAUAAA